AGAGAGAGAGAGAGAGGAAAACUGCAAAAUCUGUCAAGGUUUCCGGGCGCUCGGUUAUUCCUCUCGACGCCUGUGCACCGCUGACUUGGGUCGCGUGGUAGAGGAUGAGUUCUUUUAGUACCAAGGCACUGACGCUCCUGUCGUCUGUGUUUGGGGCAUGCGGGCUGCUCCUGGUGGGAGUAGCUGUGUCAACAGACUACUGGUUGUUAAUGGAAGAGGGCAUUGUUCUGCAACAGAACCAAACCAAUGAAGUGAAGAUGGCCCUGCAUUCUGGACUCUGGAGGGUCUGUUUUGUGGCUGGGCCAGAGAAGGGGAGAUGUGUGGCAUCUGAAUACUUCACAGAGCCAGAAAUAGAGAUCACCACUGAGAACACAGCCAAUAUACUGAAAAUGGUACGAACGGCCACCCCCUUCCCCAUGGUCUCACUUCUUUUUGUCUUUACGGCUUUCGUCAUAAGUAACAUCGGCCACAUCCGUCCCCAGCGCACCAUUUUGGCCUUUGUCUCUGGAAUCUUCUUCAUCUUAUCAGGUUUAAGUUUAGUGGUCGGUCUGGUGCUGUAUAUCUCAAGUAUAAACGAUGAAGUGAUGAACAGGCCCCGGGAACCAGAGCAGUUCUUUCAUUACCAUUAUGGCUGGUCAUUUGCUUUUGCUGCCAGCUCCUUUCUGCUAAAAGAGGGUGCUGGGGUUAUGUCCGUCUAUCUCUUCAUGAAACGCUAUGCAGAGGAGGAGAUGUACCGGCCCCACCCUGCACUCUAUCGCCCUCGUCUGUCUGAAUGCAGCGACUACAGCGGCCAAUACCUGCACCCCGACUCCUGGCCUCCUCCUCAGCGCGGACGUAGCGCCUCUGAUGUGUCCAGUGACAUCUCCAUUCAACUCAACCAGACCCCGCUGCCUCCACCCAAAAGCAGCAGGCCAUCCAAUCCGCACUCUUCAUCAGGGCCCUCCUCCGGGGCCAGCUAUCACCUCCCACCUGCCUCCUCCUCCUCUUCCUCUUCCUAUCCUCACACCAUCCACUCCUCCCAUUCCGGUGGCCCCGUCCCUCAGUCCCUCCCAAUGGCCACACCCCCAGCCGCUGUGCCACCCCCUCGCUAUCAUGCCCACAUGCGCAUGAGCGCCUCCCCAUGUUAGAAGAAAAAGUACUUCAGAGAGUAGUAUAACAUGCGCAAGCAGAAAUAUACCUAUAACUUUAAGUAGGAGGGAGGCUUAAAGGGGCUUUUAAAACUCCAGAGACUAUGGGAGCAAAAUGGAGAAAGGGGUGCUAACAAGUUGAAAAGUUGUAGACAAGGAAGCACUUCACUUACAAUUCUGUGCCUGAGCCUGACCGACAUUUUACGUAAUAGAUUUUCAGAGCGCGAUUUUUAAGUGAGGGAAUAGUGACAUUAGCAUUUAUACAUAUAGAAAGAAUGUAUGGUGUAGAAAGAAAACAAUAUUGUAGUGAAAGAGAAAAUAUUCAUAAAAGACUUGCAUAAAUAGUUGAGAACAAUUGUAUACAUAUUUAAAUUUGUAUGUAAAGUGUGUAAAUCUUAAUGAAGUUCUUAUUGCACAUCAUAACAACAUUUUCCCUCCCUUAUCUGAUAUCAUAGAAAACAGUCUUUUUCUAUCUCAUGAGAAAAGACUAUGUAUAGCAUUUUUGUCUUGUUUGUACUGACAAGCAAAAAGACACGAAUGUGGGAGAUUUCUUUAAAUGGUGUGGCAGAUUUAAGUGGACAAAAAGCAUAAAUUCUGUACAUAAUAGCAUCUGUAUCAAUAGCAAACCCACUCCAAAAGGGUUGCGUAAUCAUCUAGUGUAGUCAAAAGCCUAAUUUUUAUCAUCUUGACAUCCAAACUUUAGGUACAAGGGUCCAUGACCUAGGCACCACUCUCUGUUUUGUCCUGUGCUAUCAAUUUGUAAUGUUUUUAGAUUUGUACAUGAAGAUAGAUGUUCUAAAAUGCUGGCUGAUAUUUCCUUACUGGGAUGUUGUACGCUUGGCCCCAUGGCCCUCAAUAUGCCUUGUGUUUCUUGUGCUCUCAUAUUCAAAAAGGUAUUUUCCAAAAAAAAAAAACAUUUAGCAGUGGUAUAGCUCGACAAAAAAGGAAACUUUCUAAAAUUGUUACUUUAAAGGAAUAUUCCACAUUCAAUUCAAUGUUGUUAUGCUCAAUCAACAAAAUGUGUGGCUCAAUGUUAAUUACCACAUAAAUGUAUUUAAACUUAAACAAAAGUAUAGCCACAAGACGUGUGUGUUAACAUGAUUUUAGUGUGAUAAAAUCACUUACUAAACUUUUCUGAAUAAAGUUAUAGCAAAUUUUCUUCCAACUUCAUUGCCUUGACAACCUAACACAGCAAACCCUAGAAUGACCAAAUAAAUGACUAUUUAAACAAACUUACAGCUCAAAUAAUACAUGAAUUUUAACAGAAGAAUUAAUGUAAGUGCUUUUAUAAAAUUACGAGCUUCACAUUUCUGCCUUUAAACCCUCCACAAAUUGGCCCCAUUCACUUCCAUUGUAAGUGCCUCACUGUAAACAAAAUUUUUAUUUUUUUAAAGAAAAGGAGGGAAAAAUCUAAAUUUGUUUUUGUGGUAAUCAAUAGUAUGCAACAAAUGCUGUUGACUGAGCAUAACUUGCAUUGAACCCAGAAUAUUCCUAAAUAAAUAUUUAUAUUAACCUAAAGGAGGUUGUCAGUUGAUCUCCUAUAUGAAUGCAGGAAAUAUAUUCUCCUGUGCAAAGGCAAAACGCAGCAACUACUAUACACAUUUUGUCAACAUUGAGUUAUGACCAAAAUCAGGUCUCUUCGACUAUGAUCUAUCCAGAUGGCUUUGACUCAACUAUUUUCAGAUUCAGAGAACAUUUAAAACCAAGGCAAUCAACAACAAAAAAAAAAUGUUGAAGCUAUAUUUCUCCGUUUUUUUGGUGUAGUUACUGAGGUUUGCCUUUGUAGGGCAAUAUUCCUUGACAGAAUACUCUCCUAUACUGUUCUAUCAUCAUCUUAAAAAUGCAGCAUUUAUUUCUGUUGUACUAUUACUACAACUAAUAAGCUAUUGUUUAUUAUACAACAAGUAUUUUUUGUAAACCUACUUAUAUAUAUUAUAAUAGAAACUAUUGCAGAGAUCUUGUGUGUAAUAUGGGUAUGUAAACCGAUAAUGAACAGGACAGAUUUUUUUUUUAUUUAUAAAAUCUGUAAUUCCAGCAGAACAUGUUCCUACAUUUAUCCACAUGGCCAUUCUCUUAUGUACCAAUAAUGCCCCUUAAAUUACAAGAUAAUGCCUUUGUGAAAAAACAACCUCAAAUCAGCACAUUGGGAACAUAAAUUACAGUACUAAAAAUGCUGUAUGAAGGCCUUUAAUAGCACAAUGCAAUUAGCAAUGCAAUGUUUUGCAAUGUAAUAUAAUGAUAUCAUUCUCUUGUAAUAGUAAUUCAGAGACUAUUUUGCUCAUUCUUGCACCCCCAAGUAUCUUCUGCCACCUAGUGGUUAGUGAUUACUAUUAUAUCAAAGAAUUCUGGUUACACCUUGUCUGAAACUGCACAAGCUAUAAUCUGUAAUUAGUUAAUUGACUAAAAUGAGACAGAUGAAUAAAUCCUGAAUCAGCAUGUCUUUACCUAGUGCUUGCAGAUUCUGCAUUGAAUGAGCAAUGCGGUGUGGAGAAUAUGUACAAUUUCACACUAAUAAAUCCUUCCCAUAACCUAAUGCAUAUAACCAGUAGAAUAUUGUAGGAAAAUAUCCCCAAAUGUGAUUAUCAACUAUUAGCUACUAUUGUCAUAAUUAAUUACCCUCUAACCAAUAACAAAAGCAUUAAACAUAUUUUUUUAGAUUGCAAUAAAUUAUUGUAGAUUUUCUAGAAAUUAAUAAUAAAUAAAAAUAGUUAUGAAAACCAGGCCUAGUUCCUGCUGGAUUAGUGUAGACAUAUAAAUAAUGACAAUUUAUAUUAUAGCCAUAUUACAGGUGAAAUAUGCAGAAGUGUAGUUAUUAUAUGAUAUAUGGAAAAUGUAAUUAUAUGGGGAAUUUAAAUCCUAAUAUCUAUUCAUUAAAGUGUUGCUGGAGGUACAAAUACAGUCUGCUUUUACUGUAAGGCUAAAAAAAAGUGAAUAUCUAUUUUUGUUUUUUUGUCUUUUAUUAAUAAUCGCUUUAGACUAAGCUUUUCGCUCUCAUGGUUCCUGCUGACAUUUGUUGUCUUAUUUUCUAUACUGAGGGGCCUGGCUUAUAAAUAUGUAUGUACCAUUUUGCAUCACUUUUUUUUCCAUCUUCAUACCCUUUCCCUCUGUAUCUUCUUUUACUUUAUCCCUGUGGGCUGUCCAUUGUCUUGAUUUGUCUUUCUCAAAGUCCCAUUAGGCUAAAGCUGCCAAACUCAUUUGAUUAGUCUUUUUUUUUAUACACUCUCUCUCUCUCUCUCUCUCUCUCUCUCUCUCUCUCUCUCUCUCUCUUCUCCCUCUCUCUGCCCUCCCUUUCUUUAGUUGUACAUGUUUUUGUCUGUUAUCCAAGUUUUGCAUGCUAUUCAUUCCAUAAUGCCAAAGCAAUUGUGCCUGAUACUUAAGAUGAUGAUGACAGUUAUUAUUAUUAUUCCAACUGUGGCAUUUCUUCUUUGUA